AUGAAGAUAAGUUCCACUAUCACUGACAAAUGGAGGUUCUGUAUAUUUGCAAGUUUCCUAAGCUGCAUUAUUCUGCUAGUCUGUUUGAAUCAGGGCCAUGACAGUGAAAAACUAUCUGGUGUUCAAAAUAUUACAUUAUCAGCAACAACAUCUUCCAAUGACUCGGCUCAGCAUCCAGCAGUAAGCAUACAGCAUUUGGAACCAUCAAACGUUGGAGAACAUGUAAAAGAGGCAAGUGAGGAAGAACAUGGCUGCAACUUGGCUCCGCAGCCAGCAGCAAACAUUCAGUUUUUGGAACCAUCAAACGUUGGAGAACAUGAAAAAGAGACAAAUAAGGAAGAACAUAGCGGCCACUUGGCUCAGCAGCCAGCACCAAGCAUUCAGUUUUUGGAACCACCAUAUGUUGGAGAGCAUGAAAAAGAGAUAAAUAAGGAAGACCAUAGCGGCAACUCAGCUCAGCAGCCAGCACCAAGCAUUCAGUUUUUUGAACCAUCAUAUGUUGGACAUGAAAAAGAGACAAAUGAGGAAGAAAAUAGCGGCAACUUGGCUCAGCAGCCAGCACCAAGCAUUCAGUUUUUAGAACCAUCAUUUGUUGGUGAUCAUGAAAAAGAGAUAAAUAAGGAAGACCAUAGCGGUAACUCAGCUCAGCAGCCAGCAGCAAGCAUUCAGUUUUUGGAACCAUCACAUGUUGGAGAACAUGUAAAAGAGAUAAAUAAGGAAGAACAUAGCGGCAACUUGGCUCCGCAUCCAGCAGCAAGCAUGCAGUUUUUGCAACCAUCAAACGUUGGAGAACAUGAAAAUGAGACAAAUGAGGAAGAACAUGUCUGCAACAUCUUUGAUGGAAAAUGGGUUUAUGACCCGACAGCAAGUCCUAUGUAUAAUAGGUCACGGUGUCCAUUUCUUAGUGAUCAAGUUAGUUGCCAAAGGAAUGGAAGGCCGGAUUUCGUAUACGAAAAAUGGAAUUGGGAAGCUAAGGGGUGUGAGAUUCCCAGGUUUAAUGGUACAGACAUGUUAGAGAGACUUAGAGGGAAGAGAGUGAUUAUAGUUGGAGACUCACUCAACAGAAAUCAGUGGGAAUCUCUUGCUUGCCUUCUUUACUCUGCUAUUCCUAUUCCUUCUUCACAAGCCUAUGUUAAUGUGAAAAGUGGUGACUACAAGGUUCUUAGUGCAAAGGACUACAAUUGUUCUGUGGAGUUCUACUGGAGCCCCUUUCUAAUAGAAUUGAAAGAAAGACGUGGUAAAAAAAUUAUGAGGCUGGACAAACUUUCAGCCUCAGCACAGAAUUGGCAUGGUGCUGACAUUAUGGUAUUUAACACCGGCCACUGGUGGAAUCACCCGGGGAAAAUCAAAGAGUUCGACUUCUUUCAGUAUAGAAAAAAAGUGGUGGAGGUGGAUAAAAUAGAGACUGGAUUAGCAUUUGAGAUGGCCAUGAAGACUUGGGCUCGCUGGAUUGAUAAGACUGUGGACAUAAACAAUACCAAGGUCUUUUUUCGAAGCAUAUCACCAGAACACAAAGGGAAGCAGUGGUGCUACAAUGAAACUAAACUCAUCAUGGAUGAGACCUAUAAAGCAAUAUUUCCAAAGUCAAUGGUGGAGAUUGUUGAGAGAACAAUUAGCAGCAUGAAGAAACCAGUGAAGUACUUGAACAUCACAAAGCUAUCUCAGUAUCGUAGAGAUGCACAUCCAUCAGUUUACACAACAAAGCAAGGGAAGCUAUUGACAGCAACGCAACGAAGACAACCUUGGUCUUAUGCUGAUUGCAGCCACUGGUGUUUGCCUGGAUUGCCUGAUACAUGGAACAGGCUAGUGUAUGCAUCUAUAUAUGGUCUUAGACAAACUUCCUAGAUAUUUCUAGUUCUUAACAUCUAAUAAUUGUUUGCUUGAAUAAAUGAUUUUUUUUCAAUGUAGAAAUAUUGUAACUCCAAGAGAA